UCGUACCGUACGUUUGUGCUGGCUGAUGUCUGUGCGUGUUGUCAUGUUUAUGUGGCUGUGACUCUGGCUGAUUGUGUAGCAAACCGUGUGCUGCGCUUAGUAUAGAUUUUUUUCUGCGUGCUGCUGCGCUGCGUUCAAAAGAAGCGAAGAGUGGUAUCUUUAUCGUAGCCAAGUGUACGGUUAGACGACACAUACAUAGAUAGACCGCGCACGCACACAUUAACUUAUACUGCCACCCCCAAAGACGCCGCCUUCGCCGACGUCCGCAAGACAAGUGCGCGCGUUUGUUGUUAUUGUAAAAAUGAUUGAACAUCACCGCCGCCGCCUCAGUGCAUCAGCAGCGCUGCUACUGCUCUGCUGCUGUUGUUGGGCAUCGACUGCAGCUGGCGCAGAAUUGGCGGACAAAUUGCGCGAUGAUACGGAACUUUCACAGAGCACUGCCAAAACUUUCAGGCGCAUUAUGCCAGUUAGGUUCUAUAGCCUGCUGGAGCAGAAUCCCGUCGCUAACUCGACGUUAUCUUUGCGCUCCUGCACCAUUUUUGUGCCCACCAAUGAAGCCUUCCAGCGGCAUCGCGGCUCCACACACGUUCUCUAUCACAUAAUCACCGUGGCGCUCAGCAAAGACCAACUGCCUAAGACGGUGUCAUCUGACAUGGAUGGUAAUCCACCGCUUUACAUAACCAAGAACCGCAAUGGUGAUGUCUAUGUGAACAACGCUCGCAUUAUACCCUCAUUGACUGUGGAGCUGACUAAUCGCGAGGGCAAGCGACAGGUCAUGCACAUCAUUGACGAGGUACUGGAGCCACUCACCACACUACCUACUGCCAAGCCUGAUGCCAUCACCAACCCGGAUGCCUAUCAAUUCCUUCAGCAGGCCGAUCUGCUCAACAUCGGCGACAACCGUGUGCGCACAUAUCGCUCGCAGGUGGCGCUCAUGAAGAAGGAGACCAUCUAUUCGGCGCCCGGCACCCACACCUUUUUGCUUCCAGUAGAUGAGGGCUUCAAGCUAUCGACACGUAGCAGUCUAGUCGAUGCCAAGGUUAUCGAUGGACAUGUCAUACCGAACACUGUCAUCUUCACUGCCGCCUCACAGCACGACGAACCCAAGACUUCCGCGGCCUUCGAGGAUCUGCUCAAGGUCACAGUCAGCUUUUUCAAGCAGAAGGAUGGCAAGAUGUAUGUCAAAUCGAACACCAUCAUAGGCGAUGCCAAGCAUCCCCAGGGUGUGGUGCUGGCGGAGAUUGUGAAGGCCAAUAUUCCAGUUCGGAAUGGCGUCGUCCACUUGAUCCAUCGUCCGCUAAUGAUCAUCGAUACGACAGUCACACAAUUCCUACAGAAAAAUUUUGGGUGUAAUUCGUUCAAGUUUCUGAACGACAACGAGAAUGGCGCUUUGCGCAAGUUCUAUGAAGUGAUAAUGGAUAAUGGCGGCGCCGUACUCGAUGACAUCAACAAUUUGGCCGAGGUGACCAUUCUGGCGCCCAGCAAUGACGCCUGGAAUGCAUCGUCCAUCAACAAUAUCGUUAGAGAUCGCAAGAAGAUGAGUGAGAUCCUGAACAUGCACAUCAUCAAGGAACGUUUGAAUGUCGAGAAAAUUAGACAGAAGAACGCCAAUAUGAUUGCUCAAGUCCCCACAGUCAACAAUCGUACCUUCCUGUACUUCAACGUCAGAGGCGAAGGCUCUGAUGCGGUCAUUACCGUGGAAGGCGGCGGUGUCAAUGCCACCGUGGUCCAGGCCGAUGUAGCACAAACCAACGGAUUCGUGCACAUCAUCGAUAGAGUGCUCGGCGUUCCACACACAACGGUGCUGGGCAAGCUAGAAAGUGAUCCCAUGAUGAGCGAUACGUAUAAAAUGGGUCAUUUUUCGAACUUCAACGAUCAACUAAAUAAUACGCAGCGCCGUUAUACGUUCUUUGUGCCACGCGACAAGGGCUGGCAGAAGACCGAACUGGACUAUCCAUCGGCGCAUAAGAAGCUCUUCAUGCGCGAUUUCGCCUAUCAUUCAAAGGCCAUAUUGGAACGUCAUCUGGUAAUUGCGGAUCGUGUGUUCACCAUCAAGGACCUAGCACAAAUGUCGCUUGUCAGCGAUACUGUGCUGCUGCCCACAUUCCGCGAUUCACUCAAAAUUAAGGUGGAGGAGGAAGCUGGACAUCUACAUGAUGAGUAUGCUAGUCACGAAUGGACUGGCUAUGUGAUCAUAUGGAACUACAAGAAGAUCAAUGUUUACCGACCUGAUGUGGAAUGCACCAAUGGCAUCAUUCAUGUCAUCGACUAUCCGCUGCUGGAGGAGAAAGACAUUGUCGUGAGCGGAGGUUAGACAUUGUAACUAGCGUGUGUGUGUCCUAACUACCAAGCAACGCGCUAAGUGUAUAACUAUCCAGUAAUAAUAAUAUCAAUACGAAUAAUAUCUUAAAGAAAUUCAGAAACUAUCAGCCUACAAGUACACACACUAUCAGCAACAAAGAACAACUACAACAAACUCACAACCAACCUACCAACAAACCAACCAACCAACCAACUACCUACCAACCACCCACACCAAACGAACGUGUACAAAAUUGUAGCUUUGUAUGUUGCAGUUGGCUAAGCUGUCCUGGCGUCUAGAGCAGACCCAAAAGCAGAGCAAUCCAGAGCAACCACCACCACCCACGCCCGUUCGUUCGCUCGCUCGCUCGCUCGACCCCCAAUCCCCAUUUAUUCGAACACAUUCGUUUUUCGCAAUUCGUACAUGUGUGUGAAAUGGCAGCUUGUUGUGUUGACCAACACCUUUGUUCCAUAAAUACCCGUUCGUACCCUGUGUGAGAAAGUGCAGUGCUGCAGUAGCUAACUAAAGUAGAAGUAAAGAAUACGCUAAAUGAAAAUGUACACGUAAGCUUUAAGGAUUCGGUUUAGAAACAGGUGAACCGAGAUCGGAAGGAGGCGAAGGAUAUAGGCCGACCGCCUUGUAAUUGUAUGUCGUAGUCAGUAGUUACACGUUAAACAGCCUGUGCCCGCCCAAAGGCUUAACGUGUAACUAGUGCCUUACUAAAGAUAAACGUAUUACCUUAACCUUUAUACAAAUUUAAAUAACAAUACAACUAAAUGUUAAAGUAAACAAAAACAAACACAACAACACUAAUCGUGUUGUGAGUGCAAAUGGCAAACGAUUGUCGUUGGAGUUAGUGUGUCAAGUCGAAGUGCUUCUGCCGCCUAGAUGGAUCCUCAGCAUAACUAAUCCUAACAUAAAUAAUGCAUUUGCAUUUAAACAUGCAUACACAUACAUACAUACUACAUACAUAUAUUGAAAGAUGAGAUUAUAUUUAUAUCGCGUAGCAAUUGCAACAGCAGCCACAAAAAACACCAACAAAGAACAAUAGUUUCUGCUUCAAAAUAUACACAAGAAAUAUUUAUGAUUAUUAUGAGCAACACGCUAUUUACACCAAAAUAUACGAAGCAAACAAACAACACACACGGAUACUAAUUUUAUCCAAACAACAAAAGAUAUGAAGAGGAAAAGCAUAUUUUUCAUAAAUUUAAUUAAAUAUCGGAAUAAAAAGUAUAUAUAUAUGUAUAUGUAGUUAAUUUAAUGUAAAAUUCCAAAGCAAAUUAAGAUACCUAAAUGAAAAUACAAACACACAUGUAUCUCAAUCUCAGUAUAUUCUAUAUGUGUAUUUAGCAAUUGAGUUUUGAAACAAGCGUUACAUGUAGAACAAAGCUUAAGCUAUUAUGAUAAAGAACCGUGCAAAGCAUUAUAUUCCAUUUUAUUUUGCGACAAACGCUUUUUCCUACAACAAACAGAAAACAAAACAAUUGAAUCCAAAUUUUAAUCACUAAUUUUGUCUAGCAUUAGUUAUUGAAUUUAAUAAAAAUUGUAUUAGAAAACUAAUGUCAGCAAUAACAAGAAACUACCGCAAGCUUAAGCGAAUAAUAAAAAUUCAAUACAAUAAAAA